AAUGUAUCCAUUCUCAUCCACACCACCUUUUGAUAACCAUAUGAACAAAUCACAUCAAAAAAAUCCUCUUUUCAUCUUCUUAGUAAACUACAAAUUUCACAUUUAUCCAUCUUCUUCCUCGUCUCAUUGAUCUGGAGCCGCUAGCUAGCAUACCAAUCUUGCUAAUCAAACACAUUCUAAAAUGGGUUCCCUAAUGAAAACGCUCAUCAUCCAAAAUCACAAAAGAUUAUUAUUAUCACUAGGCGGCUGCCCUGCUGCUGCGGCGGCUUCCACCAUUCCAUCCCUUCGCCGUUUUAAGUCAUCCGGCGCAAUGGCGCAGGAGUCUCCUGCUCUGUAUACGGAUAGCGACGGGGACGAAGACGCUAAAAUUCCGGCAUUGGAUUUCCCAGGCGGGAAGGUGCCUUUCACUACGAAGAUGAAGUUUAUUACUGGAGCUAUUGAUGAAGAUGGGAGGAUCCCCUGUUUUCGUGUUCUGGAUGAUGACGGCAAUCUCUUGCCCGCCGGCACCGCAUUGGAUCAGGUGAAAGAAGAAAUGGCAGUGAAGAUGUAUAGUACAAUGGUGAGUGUUGAAACAACGGACACCAUAUUUUAUGAAGCGCAAAGGCAGGGGAGAUUGUCCUUCUACUUAACCUCCUAUGGAGAAGAAGCUGUCAGCAUAGGAUCUGCGGCUGCCCUCUCCCCCCAAGACAUUUUAAUGCUUCAGUACCGGGAACUAGGGGUUCUGUUCUGGAGAGACUUCACCCUGCAAGAAAUGGCAAACCAAUGCUUUGGGAAUAAGUAUGACUACGGGAAAGGCAGGCAAAUGCCCAUUCACUAUGGUUCCAACAAGCACAAUAUCUUCACCAUUUCUUCCCCUCUUGCGACACAGAUACCUCAAGCGGCAGGAGCAGCGUAUUCGCUGAAAGUGGAGGGUAAAGACGCUUGUGUAGUGACUUAUUUUGGAGAUGGAACCACAAGCGAGGGAGAUUUCCAUGCUGGCUUAAAUUUUGCAGCGGUUAUGGAAGCACCUGUGGUGUUCAUAUGUCGUAACAAUGGAUGGGCCAUUAGCACUCCUCUCGCAGAACAAUUCCGAAGUGAUGGAAUUGUGAGUAAAGGAAAAGGUUAUGGGAUUAAAAGUAUUCGUGUUGAUGGAAAUGACGCUCUUGCAGUCUACCAUGCCAUCCGUGUUGCUCGUGAAAUGGCCAUCAAACAACAAGCCCCCAUACUUGUUGAGGCCCUAACGUAUCGUGUAUCUCACCAUUCAACAUCUGAUGAUUCCACCAAGUACCGCCCAACACAAGAAAUAGAGCACUGGAAGACAACACGAAGCCCCGUGGCAAGGUUCCGAAAAUGGAUACAGAAGAAGGGAUGGUGGAGUGAUGAGAAGGAAACUCAACUUCGCCGGGAUACCAGAGUUCAGGUUUUACAAGCAAUUCAAGAAGCAGAGAGGAUGGAGAAACCUUCACUGUCAAAUUUGUUUACUGAUGUUUAUGACCAUCUGCCUUCAAACCUUAAAGAACAAGAAAAAUCAUUAAGAGACACUGUCAUGAGACACCCUAAGGAUUACCCCACCGAUAUCCCCAUCUAGAACAGCCAUAUUGUGCUGUAGUAUAUUGUACUAUUCUAAAAGGCCUACAGAUUAUGGAUUGAAGACAUGAAUCAUGAAUUGCAUGGCAUUGUAUUUUACUUGUUUAUGGUGGUAAUUGUAAUUGGGACUGCGAAAUAACUAUUCCUUGAUUGUAUAUUUUGAAUGGGAGAUUUAUUGCAUCUUUGAUCCGUGUGCUCUUCAAACCGAA